AUGGAAGAGGACAAAACCGCCAUUGCGCCAGAUCGGCUCUCGAUAGAUACUCUGGCCAAUAUCAACGAGGACGUCACAUGGGCUUCAGAACAAUCGGACCACUCACGCCCGCCGGUGUCUGAAUCUGUCUUCUCCAGUCUUCGACAAAGCAUUGACGGAAGCUCAACACAUGCUGGAGGUUUCAACAUUUUAAAACAACUCAACGGGUUGGACGAUGACAAAUUGUUAGCGGAGGGCUCACCGUUGGGCCCCAAUUCUAUCUUUGACCUUACUGCUGCUCUCGAUUAUGCCCGUAUGAGACUGAACAAAGGGCUCAAGUCCAUGGUACUGGUAAAUGGAGGCGCCAACCGCAUAUACAACUUGGCGAAGCCGUCAACACGCGAGAUUCCUCCCAUCCAGCUCCAGCCCCUUCAAAACAAAAUCUCUAAUGCUACAGUGUAUUCAGAGUUAGUAGAUAAGAUCUCCGACGAGUAUAAGGCGUUUGAGCUGAGUUACAGAAGUUUGACCAUAGACACACUUUCACAAUUAUCUCAGCAAUAUGAGGAACAGGCAGAGAAAGCAAAGCUAAAUUUGAGUGAUGAUGAAGGUGAAGGCAUAGAGCAACACCCAUUCCCCGAAGUGUUCGAAACCGAGGAAUUUCAUUUGGAAGAUCAGAGAGUGUUCCGCCAAGUCAUGGAAGGCUCAUCCAUUUUUCCGGAUAAUGAGUCUUCUCAGGAACUCCAACUUGUACAUAACACCAAGGUUCAGGAGGGCCUUUCGCAUUACCUCGACACAGUCGAAGUCCUAAUAGUGGAAGAGAUCUCGCAGACAGCAGACUCUUUUUUCGCAACUCUAGACGAUAUUGAAGAAAUUAAAAUUGAUUCACAGCGAUGCAUUGAAACCUACGACGAUCUCAUGAACAGUCUUGACACAAUGGGUCAGAAGCAAGCAGAUAUUGGCAUGGAGCUCCUAAACCUCAUAGAUCAGCAUAGAAACAUCAACCACUUGGAGAGUUCUGUACUCCAACUAGAUGCGGUGCUCAAGGGAUUAGAGAAUGCUUUGAAGCUUGCUAAUGAAGGAAAAAACAUUGAAUGCUUGAACCAUAUUCUCGUCUUGGAGAGCCUCAUCAAAGGCGUCAAUCACAAUGAAUACCUGGAUACUGAGUCAUUAUCAUUAUAUCCAGUCUUCGAGUAUCCCUUGGUUGAUCUCUCCGGGUUAGGCGCUCUAAAAAACAAACAAAAGAGUAUUGAAGCGCUCAAGAGCACAUGCUGUCGUGGUUAUAUUGACGAAUUUAUCAAUCUUCUCCUUGGUGACCUCAAAUCGCAUAUCUCAUCGGUCCCAACUGUGGAUACAAUAAAUCGCAUGUCAAUAACAUCCAAUCGGUCUCACAGGAAAGCUUCACCACUUACUCCAUCUUACCAGAUAAUAGACCCAAGUUUUAGAGCAACGGUAUCUGAGUUCAUUAAAAAUUUGGCCAAAUCUGGAUAUCUCGUUCUGGCCUUUGCCCAAUAUCAGGACAAAAUUAUAAGAGAGGUCAAGGCCAUUAUCCGUACUCGAUUCCCGAGCCAAAACUCGGAUGCUAGUCAAUUGGAACUCCUGAGAUCUGAUGCAAGCUAUCGCGAACAAACCCCUUCCGAUACUGGAAAGCUGAAUGAAACAAACUUCGUUGCUGGAUCAACGAAUGGUACCCUUACAAACAGCAUUAAAGCAAUGUCUGAUACAGAAUUUUACAACAUGAUGAGGGAUAUCUAUUCAAGCCUUUCAGAAUGCUUGAGAAGAUUGACUACUCACCAGAAAUUCUUGUUGGAUAUUUCUUUGUCAUCUUUACCCGAAGAGAUUGCGAUGUCCAUCAAUGUUAUGUCACUCGACAUCUCAAAUUCGAUCAAUAAGUCUAUUGAAAUAACUCAAGUUCGCUUAACGAAAGUGCUCAAUGUUAGACUGGAAUUUUUAGGAGAUCUUCCUCUAAAAAAGUAUUUGCAGUUCUUUCUGCUUACUUCUGCCUACCUCCAAGACUGCGAGUCUAUAAAUCCAGGAUACAAUGCGACGGAACAAGGAAACACUCUUAAUGAAUGGAUCAAAAAUCAUCUCAACUACUUCUGUCAUAGAACGCAUUCGUCUGCAUUGAAGAGAAUGGUAGCACUUUGUGAAAAGGACACUUGGAAGGAAUACACGGGCGAUCAACUCCAGAAAGCUCAAACAAAUGUCGAUGAGAUUUUAGCUUACAAAAAAUUCAUCGAAUCCGGAGAGGGGUUCGACGGCAGUCAAUGGGUUGAAGGGUAUCUCGAUUAUUAUAGCCCAGAAUUUGAGUCGAAACAGACAGAAACUCAACCUCAAGAGAAUGAUGAGAACGCAAAGUCAGAACUCUCUUUAAAUGAUGUAUCCUUUUUUGUUCCAUCAUUCAUGCCUACAGCUAUUCAGACCGCCGAGGACUACAUCAUUUUCACACGUAUUUUCGGUGCGAGAUCAAAAUUAGUCGUUCAAAACCUUCUUGCAUAUUUCAAGGUUUUGAAUUCUAGGAUUUCUUUGGCUAUCCUCAGUGCGGGUGCAACCAAAACGGCAGGCCUAAGGCAUAUCACCACCAGGCAUUUGGCCCUUUGUCUUCAAACGGUUGAAUUCCUCUGCGAAUUUUUGAAGCAGAUAAAAUCUAUAUUCCCAUCAAAUAUUGCAUUUCAGGACGAAGUUAGUGCAGAUGAUCUUUCUUUCGACCAAAUCAUUAAGUCAUAUGAAGACCACAAGCAAGCGCUUAUCUCCAAGAUUGUGUCAAUAAUGCAAGAUCGUACAGCAAACCACUGCAGUUCAAUUCUCAAACUUGACCUUUCGAUACCUAUUACACAUCCUCAGCAAUGUCACAACUAUAUGGAAAUCCUUGUGAAGGAAACCCUGACAGUUUCAACUGUCUUAGGUCGAUACAUCGGAGAGAACGAAUUAACUGCGAUAAUGCUGCAAAUCUUCGAUAACUACAAGAAGCUAUUGGUAGCGUGUUUCUGCAGUGAUUUGCCUCAAAUGGCAGAUUUCAAUCAAAAACAUUCCUUGCUAAAGGAUAUUGAUUAUUUUAGAGUCAAAUUGAGCGAUCUCCCUGGAUACGGUAAUUCUGGACAAAUUAUUUGGGAAAAUGUCAAUUCAUUACCGACCAUUGAAGACUCCAGAAUGGAGGAGGUGAUGAGACAUAAUAUCGAGGGAGAACGUGCUUCUGCUAGACAAUCCAUGGAGCUCCCGACAGCUGCUGGUACUGAGACGAGCAACCCCGCUCAAGACUCUACCCCAAACGAAUCGACGAAAGUCAAUGCAAAUAAUGGCUCAACAAAUUCGUUGAAGGACUGCAAGAUAUCACCGGGUGAAGAAAAUGCUGUUGAAGAGAAUGUCACUGGAGAGAAUGCUAUUGAAGAGAAUAUUGCUGAAGAGAAUGUUGCUAAGGAGAUUAUUGUCGAAGAGAAUUCACAAAAGAGUUUGUCUGCAAAUACCGAGGCUCAAACGGCUAUUGACGCGGAACUGGAUCUGAAGCAAGAAGAAGAAGACAAAGAAGAAGCAAAUUCGAAAGUGAUUGACAUGAACAAAAAGGCAGAACCCGAAGAAAAGCUCACGGAAGAAGAGGUAAGAGAAACAGGUGGGGAAGAAGAAGAAGGUGUAAAAGGGCCAGAACGUGAAGAUUCGGAAGUAAAAGCUGGCGAUGACUCUACACUGGUUCCCAAAGUAUAA